AUUGAUAGUUUUCUGAAUAAACUAGAGGGUCACUUGGACUGCAAAGAUGUUGGAAGAAGAUAUGGAGGUGGCCAUCAAGGUGGUGGUAGUAGGAAAUGGAGCUGUUGGAAAGUCGAGUAUGAUUCAGCGAUACUGCAAGGGGAUUUUUACAAAAGACUACAAGAAAACUAUUGGUGUAGAUUUCCUGGAAAGACUAAUCCAAGUUAAUGAUGAAGAUGUCAGGCUGAUGUUAUGGGACACUGCAGGUCAAGAAGAAUUUGAUGCAAUAACUAAGGCCUAUUACAGAGGAGCCCAGGCUUGUGUUCUUGUGUUUUCUACAACUGACAGAGAGUCUUUCAAAGCAAUUCCUACCUGGAAGGAGAAAGUCAUGACUGAAGUUGGAGACAUUCCUACAGUUCUUGUCCAGAAUAAGAUUGAUCUUCUUGAUGACUCUUGUAUAAAGAAUGAAGAGGCAGAAGCACUGGCAAAAAAGCUAAAAUUAAGGUUCUACCGAGCAUCUGUGAAGGAAGACCUAAAUGUAACUGAAGUUUUUAAGUAUUUGGCUGAUAAAUAUCUUCAAAGGCUCAAGCAACAAACCUCUGAGGAUCCAGAACUAGUCCAUACAAGCAGUAACAAGAUUGGUGUUUUUAAUACACCUGGUGGAGGUUACUCCAACCAAAAUUCUAACACUCUUAAUGGUGGAGAUGUCAUCAACCUUAGACCAAACAAACAGAGGACCAAGAAAAACAGAAGUCUUUUUAGCAGCUGCAGCAUACCUUAGACCACUUUUGGAGGGAAGAAAACAACCCAGUGUAUUGGAUGGAGUUGUGCAAUUGAGUACAGAACAAAGCCAGCUGUAGAGGUAUUUUUACCAGUGCUUUAGCAAAUCUUGUGCCUUUGGGAUCCUUGAUAGAGGGUGGAUUCAUAUUAAACUUGCUGAUGCAGUGGUUUUUGGUGUUUAGCGUGAGACACCUGGUGGCGAAACACAGAACCGUGGCUGCCCCCCCGCACUUUGUAAAAAUUA